AUGGCUUGGGGCUGGGGUGAGGAGGACCAGAGGUGGGGGGCCAGGGCCCGCCGGCCCGCCCCGGACACCCCUCCCCCUCCCGCGCGGGCGGCGGCGGCGGCGGGAGCCUCCCGGGCCGGUCAGGAAAAUGGCCGAUGGGCCCGGGGUGGCCUGUCACCCGCGGCGCCGCCACCAACCCGCGAUGCCGGGUCCGAACCGGGGGUUGAGGGGGGGGCCCGGACGCCCCCCGGAAAUCCCCUCCUGCCCAUCGCCUUCUUUGGGGCUCAAGCUGCCUCAGUCUCCCCCUCAACACCUUCCCAUGGUCCGUCUCUGAGCCACCCUACAGGGGCACCCCACGCUGACGACUCGGGGACCUGGCGACCCGGCCUCGCCCCACCCCCACCCCGGCCCGGCCCGACCCGGGCGCUCUGGGAGUCCUCGCCGCCGCACCGUCCCGCAGCCCCGCGGCCCCACGGCAGGGCCCUUACCCAAAGCCGUCUCCGCGGCAGGCAGGCGGCACGAGCUGAGGCCCGACGCAGGAGGCAGAGGCGAGCGGGAAGCCGGGAGGCGGGAGGCGGCGGCGGGCCGAGCGCGCGGCGGUGGCGGGAUCCGCGCCUGCCCCCUACACCGCGCUGGCGGCCGAGCCGGCUGCUCCUGCGCCCGGCUAAGAGCGGGACAUUUAAAAAUCCCUGCGCGCGGAACCGGCCCCCGGCCCGCCCUCGCGCCCUCCCGCCACCCUCCGCCCCGCCCCGGCCGCUCAGAGCCCCUCAGCGGCCGCCCGAGGGCCCGGGCCCGCCCAGCAGCCGCCCUCAGGACCGCCCCGCCGCGGCGCAAGCCAGCCGAGGCGCUCCGAACAGACGGGGGGCGGGGCCUGAGCGGGGGGCGGGGCUAAGUGACAGGGCCUGCGCGCCGCAGGGGCGGGGCCGGGGCCGUGGCGGGGCCUGCGCGGCGCAAGCUGCGGCGCCGCGCGGGGCGGGACGCGGGAGGCCGGCUGGCGCGCGGUAG